AUGAGGGAGAAUGAAGACUUCCUCUUCCAAAGCCUCUUCAACACCGCCAAGGCGCUUGGAAGGUUAGACACGGCGAAGCUAUCGGAGGUGAAGAGCCUUCUGCAAUACGAGAAGUUCGUCAGCAAUGAACAGCCAUUUGGUCACAAGCAUCGCUGCUCGCUUCUCUCGCUGGGGACGUUUGUUCUGUAUUCGAGGGGCCGACACAUCGACCGCAUUCUGCCGUGGCUCCUCCAAUACUACGCGGCUCUUCCCCGCAUGAAAUGGAGCGACAAUGGGUUUCUGAACAAACGGGAUCGUGUCACCAUCUUUGAGCAGUUCGCCUUCUGCUUCAACACAAUCCUUUCUGAGCUGGCCGCACAGCACCCUGAACACCGAGAAACGAUUGUCGUCGCUCAAUUAGACCUACUCGCUUGCGUUGUGGACGAGAUUUUGAACAACGUGGAAAGCAAACGAGGCGCUCCUGGAGAAGCUGUGUCGACUGUGAAGAAAAUAUGUCUAGUGCUCGGGUUGCUCCGUUCAUUUGGUCGAUCAUCGCGGGACCCCAGCAAGCCUUUGAUAAGCGAGAUUUUUCGCAUGGGCCACGCUACGGAGAGCGAUGGGGACGAGUUGCAAAAGUUGAUCGACGGCUUCCGGCAGGCCACCGAGGACGAUGUAGAGAAUCAAAAGCCCGCGCAGAAAACUAUGGAGCGCCCGAAUGAGCCAAUCUACAACCGGCACGGGACCAGCUUUCCGGAAAACCCGGAGCGCUGCUCGACGAUUGAGUUGAAGCACGCCGAGGCUCUAUUUGAUCCGAUCCAACGCCUCGUUCGCCCUGCCGUAUUGACGCGUCUUGACGAGUACGCCGUUGAAGUACAAGAGGGCAAUACAGUGAAGCGUUUCCCGUAUCGCUGGCUUUCCGAGGUGGUGACCCUGUGCUGUCUGACGGUCCUCCGGGAUGUUCUGCAACCCCCGUCCGGUCAGCUCCCCGCGGCAAGCCGCCAGUUUCAUAAAGAGAUCCACGUGUUUGCCGUCGAAUUGCUGAGCCGAAAUGACCGUGCCGGCGCGACAAGCGAGGAGGAGAAGCGGCGGACGAUAGGGACGGAGACGCUCAGCCGCGCCAAGAUCUCCAACAUGUCCAGCUCGGUGGCCAUCGAACUGCUGUGCCGCACGGUGACUGACGAUAUUGAUGCCGACUCGCUAUGCAAUCGCCUCUCCGAGCGGCUUUUCCAUACGGCCUCCAGCAACACGUUCCUCGCCCAGCUGUCACUGAUGCUGCGUGAAUUGUCGGCGUUAGGCGAUCUAGCCGUGAAAUUCCCAUCAGUGGCCACGACGACGAUCAUCCCACUACUGUCGCGUUUCCUGCUCGAGCCCGCACCGGUGUUGACCAAGCUGUCGGGAGAUUCGUCCGUCGUCACGUUAAACCGGCCAAUUCCGACCGACUCCGAGGCUUGGGCCAAACGUUUCGCCGCACUCGACGCUCUUCGGCAAGAGGCCAUAGCGUCCCUAUGCAGAUCUCUAAAUGCUUCGGUGAAAGUGGACGCGGACAUCAUCCGUGCCUGCCUUGCCAGCCUGUCCUCCAAGCUCUACGCGUGCAGCAAGGCCGACAAGAUUUCCGUGGUAACCCUCGUGAGUGAGAACACAAUCCUUCUACUCGGUGGCAUCGGCGUCGCCCAGGCCGACAAUGAAGAGAUUCCCGAACUAAUCCAUCAGAUAUUCCUGCAACGCUUCACCAAACCGCCCUCACCCCUCGACGCCCAGAUCAUCUACAGCAUGUCGAAGAUGUGGAUUGCGGGCUGUAAAACGAUCCACGACGGCAUCAUGAAGCUGUUCGGCGAAGGGAUACUGGCCGGAGCGUUGUACGGGCCGACGAAUACGCUUCAGGAUGGCAAUGACGUCGCCGAAGGGCAGCCACAAAAUCGAUAUGUGCCACCGGCCGUCCAAGCUGCAUUGAUGCGCAUCGCUGAAAAUAUCGAGAGCGACGAGGAGAAGAACGAAUUUUUGUUACGACUGCUCGAUUUGUUCGUCCAAGUCGGAAUAGAUGGUAAGCGCCUGAAGGGAAAGGCUUCCAAAACAUCAAUUAAGGCGUCGGCCAACAUCUCCCUUCUCGGCAAACUGAUCCCAAAAGUUGCAACUUUGAUGGCCCGCAUGGACCCGAUCACGAACCCAUCCCAGAGGGCUCGCAACCUCUUUCGCGAUUUCUGGUCGAUCUGCACGGUGCUCGGUUUCGACAACCCGGAAACGGGCACCACCUACACGGCCAAGUGCUACGAGGCGAUGCGGGUGAUCGCGGCCAAAUCGCCGGUCCUCACCGCCCAGGAGAAUCUACGAUCCGAACUCAUCGAGAACGCGCCCGUCAAAGGGGAUUCGAUCACGGCGAGUGACCUUCAAGAAAUCCGCAACAGCGUCUGCUACGAGCUCGACCACCCGGCAGACGUUGUCGGCUUUGUGAAUCGAAUGGACUACUCACAAUGCGUGUAUCUGCUGUCGGCUCUGCGUAUGGAGAAGAUGCGUGUCCAGACUUCACUUCAUCCAAGUGCCCCCCAGGAAUACUUCAAAUACCUUGAGGAUCGAACGAUAAGAAAAGACAAAACAAUGAUCUGGCAAUGCUUCCUGGCCGGCUCGACCGUCAUCCUCGACAAGUACAUCCAGUCGGAGCGGCAGCGCAAGAUCAGCGACGUGCAGCCACGCCUCGUGCGCCAUGCUCAAUUCCUGCUCUUCCGUUUCGUGCACAACCUCCGCGAGGUGCGCCGCUGUGCCGAUCACUCGCUCUCAAAACUCGUCGACAAUUUCCCGUUCCUCCUGUGGAGCCCGGCGGUGCUGAACACCUUGCUGCGGCUGUUGCGGGGCCUGGAAGAUACGGUGGACGCCGACUUGACGGUGUUCACGUUGAGCGGUGUCGAGUGGUCCGUGCAAUUGCUGGAUUCCCCUGAGGCUCGGAGGUCGACGACGCUCGACUUCAGAGUACGAUGCGAGCAGAUUUUGCAGGAGGCGAUGAAGUGGGCGCCGAACGUGACGAGGAGCCACUUGAUUGAAUACCAAGCCACCUACGACACGGCCAUCGACAGUGGCCUGCGGCAAAAGCUCGAGCGAACCGACCUUGGCGAGAAGCUCUAUCAGCGUGCGAUGAGACUGCGCCCGCUCUACGUCGGGCUUAUCCGGGGUCGCCUCACGCAGGCCAGAGAAGGACAUGGCACUGCAGGUGGCAUGAAAGACGAUGAAGUCGAGCACUACCUCAUCAACAAGCUCGAAGACGAGUUCAGGAAGGCCUGUGAUUCCGAUGAUAGCGAGGGCAUCAAGAGCUCGCUGAUGCUGCUGACCGCGCUGUUCGUGGUGUUGCCGAGGCGAAAUGAUCGGCUUCUGGCGCUGAUCGUCUCCAUCCCGGCGCUCCACUUUACCGACUCCACCCUAGAACUCUGCGUGAUGAGCUGGAGCUGGCUGCUGUCGACGCGCACCGAUGUGCAGACACAUUUUAUGCAGGAAAUGUCGAGCGUGUGGUCGCUUUGCUGCCGAAGUCGGCUUGGCCUCUACGAGCCGGAAGAGCCGCUGAUCUCGCCGAUUUGCCAGGAAAUCCACCAUCCGCCACGAGCGCCCAACCUCGCGCCGCAUCGCAUCUGGAUCGACUUCCUCUUCGAACGGGUCGACGUGUCGAAGUACGCAUCGCAGGACGAGAUCGAGCUGAUCGAAUACAUGUUUGCCUGCACGGUGCCCCUUGAAGUCGGCUUCUCCCCGGCUCGCGCAUUUUCGACCCGGCGGAAGAGCUUCCCGAAGACGCCGAGAAUAGCCAUUUCGCGACACAUUGAAGCUGUUGGACUUCGGUUCCGGUUGCUGACUUCAGUGCUGUCGAUGGCGCAGAACGAAGCCAACGCCGGCGUGUCGUCAAACUCGAUACUGCGCGACCGGGCCUAUGCCUCAGCGCUUCACUACUUCACACUGCCUCCACAGGGCAUCACCCAAUCGGCCGCAGCCCUGAAGGCCGACAUCUCGUACCUCAUCCAGUUCUGGCACACCGUCUUUGCCGACGCAAAGAUCCUGAAACGCGAACGACCGGAUAUUGAAGAGAGCUUCAACGCGUUGAUCAACUACCCGGUGUUGAGCCAAUCGAUGCCGUCGGCAAGAAAUUCGACGUGGCAUGCCCCACCCUCUAGCACCAACCUCACCAACCAGCUCUCCGUCACCACCGUCCAAAAGUCGCUGUCCAAAUUAUCGCGCAAAGCGGAAAGCCAAUCGUCAAAGGCGGCCGUGGACGGCGAGAGCCACUCCCGGCCCUACUUGAAGCAGCGCAACCUGAUUCUGCUGCUUGUGGCGAACGAGAUUGAACGGCUGAACGCGUGGCUACAUCCACUUGGACCACCGCUCGACGACGCGUUGACGGCUAUUGAGCAGUGGAUGAAAACGACGCUUCCAGACGUGCGCACCGAGCUGAAGGUGCUCCGUGAAAGCGCGAAAGUGGCCUGGGAUGUCUGCCCAGAAUUGGCUGUCUAUCUACCGGCAAGAUUCCGAAAUUGCACCCUCCUCCACCAGACGAUCCAACAGCUCGUCCGCCAAUCCCCAACGCACGUCUCGCACCUGGCCGAUGCUCUGCCCUUCUUCCUCGGCGACUCGGCCGUGUUCGAGUCGGCCGAAAUCUCGGUGGUGCUCACGUGGACGGCCUGCUCCCCGGCCAUGGCUCUCUCGCUGCUCACUCCACGGCAAUACCCACAACACCCGGUGACCGUACAGUAUGCGGUGCGUGUGCUACGCGGCUACCCUCCGGACACGCUCCUCCUUUACAUCCCUCAAAUGGUGCAGUCCAUUCGCCACGAUUCGAUGAGCUUCGUCUCCGAACUUCUCGUUUGGUUGGCCGGCCACUCGCAACUCCUCGCCCAUCAACUCCUCUGGAAUAUGCAGACGAAUAUGUAUCUCGACGAGGACAGCAAGCAAAAAGACCCCGUCCUCUACGACGCCCUCAACGAGGUCACCAAGAAGAUCCUCUCCCGCCUUGAGGGCGCACACAAGCGCUUCUAUGAGGCCGAAUUCGCCCUGUUCCACAAAUUGACCAACAUCUCGGCCGUCAUCAAGCCCUACCCGAAGGGCGAUCAACGGAAGAAGGCGUGCCUGAAGGCGCUGGCCGAGGUGAAAAUAGAGACCGUCUGCUACCUGCCAUCCAACCCCGAAGCAUUCCUGCUCGACAUUGACUACAAAAGUGGAGCGCCGAUGCAAAGUGCGGCAAAGGCGCCCUUCUUGGCCAAGUUCAAGGUCCGCCGCUGCGGGGCCCAGGAGCUCGAACGGCUCGGACUGCUCGCCCAGGCCGGCGAGAAUGGCGACCGGCCGGCCGCCGAGACGGACAUCGAAAAGCUGAAGCAGGAGGAGGACGAGCAAGGGAACUGGCAGGCGGCCAUUUUUAAGGUGGGCGACGAUGUGCGCCAGGAUAUGCUGGCCCUGCAGUUGAUGCAGUUGAUGAAGAACGCUUGGAGCGCGUUGGGGAUCCCGGUAAAGGUCUUCCCGUACCGCGUCGUCGCCACCGCACCUGGUUGCGGUGUCAUCGAAUGCGUACCGAAUUCAAAAUCGCGCGAUCAGCUUGGCAGACAGACGGAUUUUGGCCUAUUCGAGUACUUCAAGACGACCUACGGCGACGAGAACAGCGAGCAGUUCCAGAAUGCGCGACGCAACUUCAUCCGGUCGAUGGCCGCGUAUUCCGUGUUUUCCUAUCUGCUGCAGAUCAAGGAUCGCCACAACGGGAAUAUCAUGCUCGACACCGAUGGCCAUAUCAUCCAUAUUGAUUUCGGCUUCAUGUUCGAGAGCAGCCCCGGCGGCAAUCUAGGAUUUGAGCCCGAUUUCAAGCUGAGCGAAGAAAUGGUUGCCAUCCUCGGCGGAAAGCCGGAAGCCAUCUAUUUUAGAGAAUUUUCGACGUUGUGCAUCAAGGCCUUCCUGGCCGUCCGCCCUUUCCAUAAGGCUUUCAUCUCACUGGUCUCGCUGAUGCUUGACACAGGGCUUCCGUGCUUUAGGGGAAAGACCAUUCAACAGUUUAGAGCGAGGUUCGUUCCCGAGAUCAGCGAAAAGGAAGCGGCCCGCCACAUGCACACCGUGAUCACGAACUGCUCGAUGAACAUCAGGAGCAAGAUGUACGACCAGCUGCAAUUCCUACAGAACGAUAUUCCAUAC